GAUAUCAGGAUGUUUUGACAGCGAGAACUGAACAAAAUUUUCGCUUUAUUUAAUGCAUUUAAAGCACAUCUUAAAUAUAUCAUUGAUUGCGAUUUUCUUAUUUUGAUAUUUAUAAGUAUGAUCUAAAUAGUAAAUAGCAAAAAUGACGUAAUUAGGUUGAAAAAGCUUGUGAUAAAUGAUAAUUUGUGAUCAUGAAUUUUGAUCCAUAACACACACAGUUCAUCAGUAGUAGUGAACAGUUUUCAUUCUGGGUACACAUGUCUUUAAAUACAGAGCCCAGAUCCCCUGGUCCUGGCUCACAUAAACCAUAUGACUGUUUACUGAAGUUCCUUCUUGUGGGGGAUAGCGAUGUUGGCAAGGAAGAGUUAUUGGGUGGAAUGGAUAAUGGCUCUUCAGAAUCACCAUACAGUGCUGCUGCAUCAAGCUGUGGUAUUGAAUACAAGACCACCACAAUUCUUCUUGAUGGUCGCAGAGUGAAGCUAAUGCUUUGGGAUACAUCUGGUCAAGGGAGGUUUUGUACAAUAUUUCGUUCAUACUCCAGGGGUGCACAGGGUAUAUUACUAGUCUAUGAUAUCACAAACAAGUGGUCAUUUGAUGGAAUUGACCGUUGGAUCAAAGAAAUUGAUGAGCAUGCCCCAGGGGUCCCUAAAAUCUUGGUAGGAAAUCGUCUUCACCUUGCGUACAAACGUCAGGUGAGUGAAGGCGAGGCGGAAGCAUACGCUGUCAAAAAUGAAAUGGCUUUCUUUGAAGUAAGCCCAUUGUGUGAUUUCAAUGUGACAGAAUCAUUUGCUGAAUUAUCACGAGUUGCCAUAAAGAGGAAUGGCAUGACUAGAUCAUGGGGCGGUCAUAAAGCGCUCAGUCUCCAGGAACUAGCUUGCCGCACCAUUGUAUCAAGUACCACAAUAUAUGGUAUUGAACAAUUGCCAUUACCCCAACCUCUUAAAAAUCAUCUCAAGUCUUACGCUCUCACAAAUAAAACGCGUGCCAGGAUGCUUAGCUUCAUCCAUAGAGACACGAAAGAUAAACACAAAAAGACAAAGUUUCUCAAUCCAACUGAUUCACCCCCAGCCCACUGCAGAAAGAGUUGUGUGAUAAGCUAGUACAUUAAUUACGCAAUAUCUCGGACAGUUAUAUGGGGUAAAUGCAGAGGCAUUCCAAUUGAUUACAAAAAAAUCUCAUACUUUUGGAAUAUCUUGGAUCUUUUGGUGCAGUGUAAGUGUAAAAAUAGUUGUGCUCGAGUGUGAAUGUGCUAAAAUAUGCUGAAGUGAUCAUUUACUAAACUAUUAGGCUGAUGAGUGAGUGAUUCAUGGCUGCAGGGAGUGAUUCAUGGCUGCAGGGAGUAAUUCAUGGCUGCAGGAUAAUAUCAGAGGAGAUGAAAAAGCAAGAGUCUACUGACACAGAUUAUAGAAUAGUUAAAAUGUUUUUGCUAUAUACUUUAUUCAACAAUGGAAUAGGAAAGUAGAA